UAUAGAUAGCGCUGUAGUAUUAUAUGUUACAGACGUUGCAAUGCAGCGAUAUGAGACACAACCUAAAUCUAAGUAAAGAACCAGGUGUCCGUUAUGGCAAGAUAUACUAGUGAAUCGGACUCAGAUCAUAAUAGCAGGUAUCGUCGAAGACGUAGUAGGAGAUCUAGAUCAUCUAGUUCAAAUUCUAGUGAUUCAUCUUCUCAUAGACGAAGAUCAUCCAAACACUCAAAAACAAAGCGUAGACAUCGCUCACAUUCCAGAAGCAGAGGGAGAGAUAGAGAUCAUAGCCAAAAAAGUUACAAAAGCUCUAGAAACAGUAAUUCAAAAGGAAGAGAAAGACAUAGGUAUUAUUCUAGAUCACGUUCUUCAGAUUGUUCUAAGAGAAAAGGUAGAUCAGCUUCAAGAGAAAAAUCUGGGAGUCGUUCAAGUAGUUCACAAUCUAAUGUAAAGACUAUUGUGUCUGAAAAAACUAAAAAUGUUUUAAUAAAAGGUGAUUUUCCAAUUGAACCACGUUUUAAGGAGGGUGUGUUAGAGGAAAUCAAUUCUGAAGGUUUUACAUCCAAACAAUUUUCGUCUAAUACAAAGGAAAAGAAAUUUAAGAACAUUGUUAUAGAUAUUAAUGCAGAUACUAUACAAGUUCCAGCAGUGGCUGAAGUUCCUUGUGGAUCUGAAAGUAUCUUUCAUUCUUCGAUAAUGAUUGAUCAGGAAGCCAGAUUUGAUAAAUGGGUGAAAAAAUUGUACACUCUUAGACAGAAAGCUAUAGCUGAUUUGAUACAUUCAAAUGUUACUUGAUAGCUGAAUAGUUUAGUUUUACCAAAAUUUAUUAGUGUAAACAAAUGUUAAUCUCUUGAUGCUCAUACCUGCGUAAUAAAUGGCUAUAAUUAAAAAUUCAAAAUGCACAAAUAGGUAAUCAACCAUUUUUUGUACUAAUAAAUAAUCGCAUUUUUAUAUUUAUAAACACA